AUGGAGGCCCCUGCUUCAGGCCCUCGACCCCGAAGUUUGGGCCACUCCUCCAUGUUCUGCUUUUUCCGGAGCUUGGUGGGCAGCAAGCGCAGCCCAAAGAGCUCAGACAAGGCCCCGCGGAAGGGCCUGAGGGGGCAGGACGCCGUCCCUUUGAUGACCAACUGUCGGGGACGAGCCGCAUGGAGCGAGUCCAGGCCUCCCACCAGGCUGACCUGCGCCCGCCCUGAGGCCCUGCUGCGGCCCAGCCCCUCGGGGCUGCAGAUGGGGGACCCAGGGCCCCAGACCUCCGCAGCCGCAGAGGUCCUGAGGGUCGUGACUCGGAGCGUAGAGGUGAAGCCAGUCCUGCCGAGAGGAAGCCAGGAGGUGCUGGGCCACCUGUCUGAGCUGGAGGAGAGGGAAGAGGCGGCCAGAGGGGAGGCCUCAGGGAAUACGGGGACCUCAGAAAGGAACGACUCUGCCCAGGCCUUGGCGGUGGAGCUGGGAUGCAUACCGAGGGCUGUGGGGCCACUGGAGUUCAGCCCCGAGGCCUUCAGGGAGGAGGAGCGUCUGCUUGAUGGUGACCUAAGGCUGGCCUCCUCCAAGGUGGGGGCAUCUCCCUGGAACCGCCUCCGCGGCUUGCACAAGCGGCUCCAGAAGGGGGCCAUGGCCAAGUUCCCUCUCAAGGAAGGCCUGCCCCGAGAGGAGCCAGGCGAGGAAGAGGAGGCGCAGGAGGAGGAAGACAGCGCCCUCAAGCUCUGCGUCCCAGGCACCGUCACCCUCCAGUCACCAAUGCAUAAGGCCUUCAGGUCAACGGACACAGUAGGUUUUGUGGAGGCGGAGCUAAAGAAGCUUCUGGUUGUUCAGAGGGAGUCCCGCCUCUGGAAGAUGGGCGACUACGACGGCCGGGAGCUGCUGACCCAGCCAGAGAUCACCCUGGAGGAGGCGGGCGUCGUGGACGGCCAGCACCUGCUUCUGGAGGAGAUGGACGAGAUGGGAAACUGGCCUCCAGAGUGA